AUGCGACUGUCCAUUGUUAGGCUAGCCGUCCGUUUGACCCCCAAACAGCAACUCAUCCCCGUAACGAGGCUCACUGGUGCAAGAUUGUACAGUACCGAGUCUGCAUUACCGCAAUCCACCAUCGAUUCCGAUGAGGUAGUCAAAUUUCGUCAGUUCGCAUCCCAGUGGUGGGAUCCCAAUGGCAGUCUCAAACCCCUGCAUUCAAUGAAUCGUCUUCGCGUGCCCUUGAUCCGUGACAGUCUGUGUCCGCCACACACCCAUGUGGCGACAAUCGCCACACCGACAAACGGAUUCGCACCGCUGUCCGGGAUGUCCAUUCUGGACGUGGGUUGUGGCGGUGGUAUCCUGAGCGAGGUAGGUUCAUCCGUGUCCGCUCCCGGUUUGGUUUUCCUCUUUGAUGUGCUACGCCAGAGCCAGUCAUUUCGUAACGCAGUUUUUGCUUUUUGGGCUUAG